AUCAAUUGUUGGACUUUUGAAUUUCCGGGCUGCAAAUUCUCCCUGGUGUUCGCCAGGGACGUUUUCCUUCGCCAGAGAGAUUUUGAUUAGCAUUAAUGGCGUCAAUUCCGGUCAGCCAAGAGGGAGUGUUCAGCUCGUGGUCGACCAUGGAAAAGAUCGUGACCAACAUUCUGAGCGACCGGCCGCGCUACGAAAUUUACGAGUCGGCGUACUAUUUGGUUUACCGAGCUGUUUUCUUCGGCCAGGGCCAACAGCUUUAUGAACUUCUCGAGGCGGAGAUCGCAAACCACCUAAUCUGCCAAUUGCAGGAAAGACUUCGCCAUUUGGAAUGGCUGCCUGUGCUGACCGAGCUGACAAGAAUGUGGAUCUCGUACAAAGCUGCUAUCAAGCUCAUUACAAAGGUGUUCAGUUAUUUCGACAAAAAGUUUGUUCCCGAGGCAAAACUCCAGAAUUCAGAAGCUUUGGGUGUCAGUUUGUUUAAAGAUAAGGUGGUGCUGGACGCUGAAAUGGUGCGGAAACUCAAGUCUGCUUUGGCCCUGGCAGUGAAGCACUUGCGUAGAGGUCUGGAUUUUGAUCACAGUAUUUUGAAGCAGUGUUGCGAGCUCCUGAUCGAGGUGGACAUGAACCAAAGAUCAGUGUACCAAAGCAUCUUUGAGUCUGACUUCCUUGCCAAAACAAGAGAGUUUUACAAGAUGGAAGCAAAAUUGCUCCUGCAGAGGAAUACCUGCCUUGGAUACGUCGGGAAAAUAGAGAGCAUAAUCGAUAAAGAGCUUACCUCUUGCCGGUCAGCGAUGGACCUUUCCACAUUGCCCCUGCUGACCGACACACUGCACGAAGUUCUGAUCACAGAUCAGCUCCAAAAUUUAAUCAACAUGGAGGGAAGUGGAGUGCCAGUGAUGUUGAAAAACGGCGAAUUCAAGAAUCUUGCCCGCAUCUACCGCACGUUGAAGAAAGUCACCUCGGGGCCGCAGUCCCUGGCCGCCUGCAUCAGCACGCACCUCAGAGAGCGUGGCUCGCGAAUCGUCAAUGAGACGGAGACCGGUGCAACCGCAGGGCCCACAACGCACGGCAACUUCGCCAUCACUUACGUGCAGAAUCUGAUAGAGCUGCGGGAGACGACGGAAAAAUUUUUGAAGCUGUCGUUCGACAACAACCUGUUCCUGAAAAGGUCGACCAACCUCGAUUUCGAGAUGUUCAUCAAUUCAAAUCCACGCUCGCCCGAGUACUUGUCGCUUUACAUCGAUGACAAACUGAAAAGGAGCAACUCGAUACCUCACGACCAAAUGGAAAGGGAGAUGGCAAAAGCGCUGGUGGUUUUCCGCUUUUUGAGGGAGAAGGACAUGUUCGAGCGCUAUUACAAGCAGCAUUUGGCAAAAAGGCUUCUGCUGAAAAAAGCAGCCGACGACGAGUGGGAGCUUAACAUGGUCAAUAAGCUAAAGGUGGAAUGCGGAUUCCAGUUUGUGCAAAACUUGGAGGGCAUGUUCAAAGACAUGGCAUACAGCUCCGCUUUGAUGGACGCCUUCAAAAGCACCUCCGUCAAAAAGGCAAACCCCAUCAGUACCGGAUUAUUACCUCGGCCCCAGCGCAGCGUCCUUCAAUCUGACACCGAGAAGAACAAGAGCGACUUUGACAUGGACGUAAAGGUGCUCUCUCCCAAGAACUGGCCGCUCAAUUUCCCGCCGCCCGCUUGCACCUUGCCGCCGUUUGCCUUGCAGGCGUUCGCCAAAUAUGAGCAGUUCUAUUUGCAGCGCCACCAGCACCGGCUGCUCAAGAUCAACACGCUGCUUGGCGGGGCCGACAUCAUCGCCCACUUCAACCAGCACUCGUCGCCCGAGGUGGACCUGCGGGGACCGAGGAAGUACUACCUGAGCGUGUCCACCCAGCAAAUGGUCAUCCUCGACCUUUUCAACCAUCUCGACUCUCUCAGUUUCGCCGCGUUGAUGGAAAAAAGCGGUCUCUCGGAAGAGGACCUAAUUAAAAAUCUGACGCCGAUGGUUGCUGGCAAAGCAAAUCAGCAAAUCCUGCUCAAGGCCCCAGCCGACAAGAACAUUCAAGCCACAGACCUUUUCAGCGUGAACGAGUCCUACCACUCCAAAUGCCUGAGGGUAAGGCUGCACCCGGUGGCUUCUCGAGUCGAGAGCGUGAGCGAGCGGCACAAAACAAGGACGGCGGUCGAGGUGGACCGCAAGAGCGAGCUCGAAGCGGCCGUCGUUCGCAUAAUGAAGGAGGCCAAACGCCUACACCAAAACGCACUUAUCAACAAAGUGAUCGAGCAGGUCAAACAUCGUUUUGCGCCUACACCUGGAGACAUCAAGAAGAGCAUCGAUGCCCUCUGCUUAAGGGAGUUUGUCGGCCGCACCGAGGAGGACAGGAAAAUGAUUGAGUACAAGCCUUGAGAGAAGCGUUUUUGGUUCCCAGAAGAAUUUCGCGCACUGCUUGUAGUAAAUUUGAAUAAAUCGCGUGCAAUCA